AUGUCAGCGGCAUCAUUUGUUUAUUUCCUUCGCAUCAAAACGGCAUCACUGUUUUUCAUGUUGGCAGUGAUUUCCUUGUCGAUCUCCCUCACCUUUUCACAACCAAUACAAGUUCAACAUAGACUUCAACCACACUACGAUAGAUUAAAUAAUAAACUUUAUUAUUCGAAAAUUGACAAUGAUAAUAAUAACAACGACAACGAAAACAAUAAUAAUAGAGAUCAUAAUGAUAACAGUGGUAGCAAUAAUUUAAAUCCAUGUGGAUAUUGCAAGAAUGGAUACUUUUGUUUAUCAAUUGAAGAAUCUUCUUCUUGUAUACCAACAGCAAACGACGGUAUCUUUGAUGGAACUAUUGUAAACAAUCUUAAAAACACAAUCAAAGCAGUGGUAUUCAGUUUAUCGACUGAUGAUUCAAGACCGAUUGAAUUAACCAAUGUUUAUAAUGCUACUUUUGUUGAGGAGUCGAACCAAUUGGUGAUCCCCGACUAUGACGUCAUCUACUAUGGCGAAAACUUUAUUUAUGGGUAUGAUCUUAAGCCAACAAUCAAUCUUAAUCUUAAUCUAAGAUCAAGAAAGUUACUAACAAUCUCUUGA